UACAUUUAUGAAUUUAAAUGCCAUUUUUUAUGUUUUGUAGUACUUGCAGUUUGUGCAUAUUUUGCUAGUAUUAUAAUUCAAUUUUGGUCAAAACUAAUGAAUGCUAUUGUACCCAUCAAUAUAUCUCAACCGUAUCUUUCUCCUAUUAUGAUAGAAUAUUUCGUCGACCAAGAAAAAUAUUUCUACUUGAUUAUAUUGCACAUAUACGCAACAAUUUUUAUAGGUAUGAUUAUAACAGUAGGAACAGGUACAAUAUACAUUACUUGCAUUCAACAUACCUGUGGAAUGUUUAGAAUUGCUAGCUACCGUAUUGAGCAUGCAAUGAGUUUCAACAUUUUACAAAACAUUACACUAAAAAAGGAGAUCUUGAUGACCAACGGUAUAAUUUAUGCGGUAAACAUGCAUCGACAAGCUAUGAAAUUGACCAUGAGCUUGUUGUCAGUAGUGGAUGUGAUGAUAGCUUGUUUAAUAGCGGAUGGUAUUAUUUGCAUGAGCAUCAAUUUGUUUUAUAUUGCAUCAUCUGGGUAUAAUGUUAUGGAAUUGUUUUUUCCGUUUAUGUUUGUACUCCUUGUUGUGAUAUAUAUGUUUAUAUCCAACUAUGUUGGACAGAAUAUAAUAGAUCAUAAUAAUUACAUAUUUUCUACUGCGUAAGAUAAAUGAGAAUAUAUAUGUAUUUUAAGAGUUAUUAAAUUAAAUACAAAUUAGUAUCACUAUACAAUAAAUCACUGUAUGCUAAAGUUGUAGUAACUAAUAUAAAUAUAAAUAUUAAUUUUUUGAAAAUGUUUAUCUGAAUUUACGAUUCAGUAUCAGUAUAUAGGGUGUUAUGUAAUGCCCGCCUCACCUCGCAUUUGCGGAUAGAGCUAGACUAAGGCCACUCUAUGUCCUGUACCAUUUUUGAUUUUCGCAAAAGUUAUGAGCUAUUAAUUAUUAAAAAUCAGUGUCUUAGCCCGGUCUAUCGCCCAAUUCAAACGCACGACGAAAUACGGCCGUCUCGCGAUUGAAGCGCGGGGACUUGUUUAUUACGUAGCCGUUGCCGUGUGUCAUAAACAAGUCCCCGCGCGCCUAGCAACGCAAAUCGCGGCCGCAUCUUGUUGCGCAUUUGAAUUGGGCGGUAGGCUAAGACAGCGAUUUUUAAUAAUUAAUAACUUGCUAACCAUUGCAAAAAUUGCAAAAUGAUACAGGACUUUCCAACUGAGUCUAAUCCGUUCUAUCUGUAAAUAUGAGGUGAGGCGGGUAUUACAUAACACUCUGUACAAUUUUACAGAUAUAAGGUGCAGUGGUAUAGAGCGCCUAUACACAUACAAAAGAUGAUAUUAUUCCUGUUACAAAGAGAAACCAAGGAGUUUACUUUGACUGUUGGUGGAUUAUUUAUUGCGUCUAUGGAAGGUUUUGCCAUGCUGAUUAAAGCUUCGGUAUCUUACUUUACUGUUAUAUAUUCUACACAAUGAUGAAGCAAGUAUAAAUUGAUCAGUGUUAGUAUGGUAAAAUUAUAAUUAACGAAAAAGUAACAGUAUUUAUGUUUCGAAAAUAUAAAUAUUAAUUUUUUGAAAAUGUGAUUUAGAUAUUUGUAGAAAACUGAUGAAGAUAUAGAAGAUAUGUAAGAUUAAAAUUAUUCAAAUUAAGAUAUUAGGACAUCAGGUUUCCAUGAUGCAUUGAUAUCAUACCUGUAUAUGUAUAUUGUUGUUGGACUUUAAAUAAAAAUAAAGAUGUAUAUAUUUACAUUUAUAUAAAGUAGUACCCUUAUGUAUUAUAGAGGUGUAUGUGCAUAGUAAUGUUAUACAGAGUGCUCCGCAAUUUUUUGACCACCGUUCCCAGGAAGAUAGAUGGGACGAAGACAAAUGGAAAAGUCCUCUACCAUUUUGUCCUUGGAGGAAUAGUUAUCGAGAUAUUGAUGUUCAACAAUCGCCGUACUAGCUCGAACUACUGACAAAUGUAAGCGCGUGGUAAGACGCGCCCGCCCAUCGGCCCCCGCUCGAGGCGGUGUGCGGCGAAGAGUAAGGAGGCGCACCGCAACCCGUUUACCGCUUACACGACCGCUCGCACGCUACAUCGCGUCUCCG